AUGACGCGCUUUAGGCCGUGUAUUGACCUGCACGCCGGUCAGGUCAAGCAGAUUGUGGGCGGCACCCUGAGCAACGACACGUCGGAGCUCAAGACCAACCACGUCUCGCUGCACCCGGCCGGCUACUUUGCCAAGCUGUACCGGGACCACGAGCUGGCCGGCGCCCACGUCAUCAUGCUGGGGCCCAAGAAUGAUGCGGCUGCGUCCGAGGCCCUCGCCGCUUGGCCGGGCGGCCUGCAGGUCGGUGGUGGUAUCAGCGACAAGAAUGCCAAGGAGUGGAUUGAAAAGGGCGCGGAAAAGGUCAUUAUCACAUCGUACCUAUUCCCCGAGGGAAAGUUCAGCCAAGAGAGGUUAGACGCCGUCCUCGAGGCCCUGGAUGGAGACAAGAGUAAGCUCGUCAUCGACCUUAGCUGCCGGCGGAAAGGGGAUGACAAGUGGUUUGUCGCCAUGAACAAGUGGCAGACCAUUACAGAUAUGGAGGUAAACCAAGAAUCCAUCAGACAACUCGAGCCCUACUGCUCCGAGUUCCUGAUCCACGCCGCGGACAAUGAAGGGCUGCAAAAGGGCAUCGACGAGAAGCUCGUCCAGCGCCUCGCCGAGUGGUGCAGCAUUCCCGUAACCUACGCCGGCGGUGGUCGCCACCUCGAGGAUCUCGACCUCGUUCAGAAGAUCAGCGGUGGCAAGGUCGACCUGACCAUUGGCAGCGCCCUCGACUGCUUUGGGGGCGACGGCGUCAAAUUUGACGACUGUGUGGCUUGGAACCGGAAACAAACAUGA